AUGAAUGCCGUGGAUGGCGGGAAGGACUUUUGGCCAACCCUGGUGGUUGAGAUGGUUGUUUGGCCGCCCUUCCAAGUGCUGAACUUUGCCAAGGCCCCCCUGCGGCAUCAGCUGGUGGUCAUGAAUGGGGGCACCAUCAUGGACAGCGCAUUCAUCUGCUGGUAA